CCUCCACGUUUCAUCUGUUCACUCAGUUGUCAAUGUGGCGCGCUUUUACGCGUAUAGCAAAAACACUUGAGUCUUGUGGCCAAGGAGGAGCACUGCUGAGUCAGCAAUUCCAACAUUCCCAUAAUCAGUACAACGUUUGCAAAACUAAUUACCUUAGCUUGCACAACCAAGCGCCGGUCGUAACACUCAUAAACAACAACAACAACAACAUGUCCAGCGAAAAGCCAAAGGUUGUUUUUGUAUUAGGUGGCCCUGGGGCUGGAAAGGGAACGCAAUGCUCAAAGAUUGUGGAACGCUUUCAAUUCACCCAUUUAUCCGCCGGAGAUCUGCUGAGAGAGGAGCGGGCACGCGAGGGCUCCGAGUUUGGUCAGCUUAUCGAGGAUUACAUACGCAAUGGAAAAAUUGUGCCCGUCGAGGUGACAUGUUCCCUGCUGGAAAAUGCCAUGAAGAACUCCGGGAAAUCGCGGUUUCUCAUCGACGGCUUCCCACGCAACCAGGACAACUUGGAUGGCUGGAAUCGUCAAAUGUCCGACAAGACGGAGAUGCAGUUUGUGCUCUUCUUCGACUGCGCCGAAGAUGUGUGUGUGCUGCGUUGCUUGGGACGCGGUCAGAGCGGAUCCGGCAGAUCCGAUGACAACAUGGACAGCUUAAAGAAGCGCAUCCAGACUUACAACAACGACUCGAUGCCCAUCAUUAAGUACUUUGAGAAUGCCGGCCAGGUCAAGUCCAUCGACGCCAGUCCGGAUGCGGACAAGGUGUUCCAGGAUGUGGAGCGUGUGUUUGUAUCCCACGGCUUCCAGUGAAACUUACUCUCUUACUUAACUAGGUUCAUUUUUCUGUGCAUGCCUCUGUGUUUAAUUGUAAUUCUAAUUGUAUCCUCCUCCCCCCGUAUCUGAAUUAUCUGAAAUAUAUAGGCUUGUUAGCAUAAUUCAAAGUUUA